AUGGGUCAGUUUCACAGGGGAUCAGCCGGAGAGUGGAUAGCUCCAACUGAUAUCACAGUGAAUAAAGGAGAUGAGUACAUUCUGCUGAAUAACAGCCAACCCAAAAAAUGGAAAGUGGUGACUACAUCUGGCAAUGAGGCACUUGUACCAUCUGUCUGCUUCAUAGUGCCACCCUCCAACAAGGAAGCUCUGGAUGCCAUCAGCAGGCUUGAGAGCAGUCACCAGACCAUCGUCAACAUGUGGCAUCAGCUUCACACUAACAUGCAGAGCUUACUGCCCUGGCUAUGUCUCCACCGUGACAUGCAGCAGGUUCGCUCCUGGACCCUGCUCAUGUUCCGGAGUUUGAACCCCGAAGAUUAUAAACAGAUUCUCUCAAACCUGGAGCGGCACUAUCAGGAGUUCAUGAGGCAAAGUCAAGAUUCACAAAUGUUUGGAGCAGAUGACCGAAUUCAGUUGGAGAGGGAAUACAAACUGACAACUCAGCACUACGAGAAACUACUGCAGAGCCUAGAGAGAGGUGAACAGGAUGAGGUGAGCUGUAAACAGUAUGUGACACAACUGAAGGACAUCCGACUUCAGCUCGAGUCCUGUGAGAAGAGAACAAUCAACAAAAUCCGUCAACCACUGGUCAAGGACCCGCUCGGAGAGUGUAAGCAGCGUCUUAGUGAACAGCAGAAAAUCCACUUGGAGCUGGAAGGGAUUCAGAAGAAUCUGAAUACAGUGACAGAGAAGACAGAGAAAGUACUUGCCAUGCCAGAGCAGCUGAGCAGUGCACCCACACUGCGCUCCGAACUUGACCUGACCUCCCAGAAGAUGGAUCGAGUCUACAGCCUCUCUACUAUCUACCUGGAGAAGUGA